AUGAGUAUAGAAGCUGGCUGGCGCGACCUGUUUUUAGGAAUAGAGAACCCCCCAGCCCAGACUUUUACCCUGUUUUCCCAACUCCCGACUGAGAUCCGUUUGCUCAUUUGGAACGCUGCUCUCCCUCCACGACAACAGGACGUCCACACCGCAUACAACAUCUGGCAAUCGGACUGGACAAAUAAGAGGAACUACAGGCUCCUCCAGGUACCAGGAGCCCCGAUUGGGCUGCUGAGGACUUGCUAUGAGUCUCGGGAAGUUGCGUUGGCGGCAGGCUCAUACCUGAAACUCAGCUAUACACUGUGGUUCCUUAUACCAUGGCCACAUGACGAAUUAAUAUGGGUCAGCAAGGACGUUAAGACUCUGAUGAUGCCCAUCAAUAUCGAUGCCUUCUCAAGGAUUACUCACUAUCCGAAAAGCAUAAAGUCUGUUGCUAAGUUAUUGGCCACGAAGUCCUGGUUAUAUACCACAUCGAGGAUCUUAGAAUCAACGAAACGUCAACACAACAUCAGAACCAUCCUGAAUGGUAUCAUGUGGAUACCGUUUCGCUAUAGUGUGGGAAACAACUCGGAAACUCAUCCCUGCGUGGGUUCAGAGACGGCAGUAGUGCCACUCGACGAUCCAAAGAUGAUGGAAUAUUUGACCUCGGCAUUUGAGAGCCAUGCAGUCAUGACGUUGCGAGAACGGCUACCUCGAGCAUGCUACCGGAAGAGCGCCAGGAACUUCUUCGCCUUUGCCAAGUAUAGGAAGAGAUACUUGGACAACAAGCAGCGAUUCCGUCUACCUGAGGGCAUCAUACUGAAGGGUGCUAUCGUAUUCGGAAGACCGCACUCGUUCGACUGUCGGCAAUUGGAGCAGUUCUUGCGAGUUAUGGACACGUUUGUGUGUCGUAGCGAGGACGAAGAAGACGUGGAAGAGUGGGAUGCCGGGAUGCACCAUGGAGCGAAUGGAAUAGUGUUUCAGCACUGGGAUUCCACUUAUAGACGGAUGAUUAGGGAUCUUAUCGAAGAAUAG